GUUGGCGAUUCUGAUAGAAGACUUCUCUCGUCACCCUCGUUUUUACUCUUCUCUUUCUGCAAUUUCUCUUGUGUCGUUUGUCUCGCAAUGAUGUUUCCAGCGCUCUGGCUAGCUUUCAUAGCUUGCACUGCUGCUUCGGUAUUGCGGAAGCAGAUAAAUGCAAUCCCAAUUGCUUACAGAACUGUCGGUGCGGACCAAGCCGCCAAAUACCAAAGUAAGGGCACGAUUCAAUGGGAGGUGCCGACCGUGCGACAGUUGGGCAGCUCUGACCAGCUGGGCCAGGGUGUGUACCUGUCCCCCGUUUUGGGGGAUUGGCCCGGAGAGGCUAAUGGCUAUUUCUGCGCUAUCCUCGCUGACUCCACUGCUUGGAACAACAUCAACAAAGUAUAUAUGCCGAAAGAGACGACUGAUGAGUCUCCAAAGCCGCUAUGGUUUACGCAAGGAGUCCCCAAUCGUCCCGCAUUCCUUAUGACAGUAGGUGGAAGGGGCUACACCACGGCCAAUACUGUCUUGAUCAGCCCGAUCUAUGGCAGCGAGGAAAAAACUCAGUUUCUUAUUCCGCCAGCGCUGCUUAGCUCUAGUAAUCCUUUGAGCAUAUCAGUCCAGUGCGCAGCGAAGUCGAACGGCCCGGCCUGGCAAGCCCUUCAAGCUGCGUACGGAACGAUAAACUGGAGGAAUUGGCAAGGGCUCAAAGGCCCUGUGCCGUAGAUAGUGUCACCUUCAUCAGGGUGAACAAUGUCCUCACGCUUGGGGGAAUACGUCCUCUCCAUUCGACCUCGAUGUGAAUAUUCUUGUCUCCAUUCGCACUCGAUAUGAAUAUUCUUGUCUUAAUUCAACCUUGGUGUA